AUGUCUGACCAAGAAGAGCUGGAUGAGGAUCGUCUGCUCCAGGAGGGGAUUCUCUUGUCCUUGAUGGAGCAGGAGAGCCCUGACUCUGCGGCAAAGAGCAGAGCAGCUGCUAAACGUGGCGCCGACAAGCAGCUGGCCAGAGAUGUCGUCAAACGGUCAAGAGCAACUCCCACCACAAGCACCAGGCCAAAUACCAGACUGGCCUUCCCAAACGGUGCCCUCCGCAUCACCCGCACACCAGGCAGGUCGAGGGCCAAGAAUUGCGUCAAUCUCACAGACGUGAUACACAAGGACAGCCUUUUAUCUGCCUGUGUCUUUUCCUUUUUCAUAGCAAACGAGGAGCUGUUCAAGCACCUUCCACUGUCGCGUACCUCGAAUGCUGUUCCGAUAUAUAUCGGACGAGACGCAAAAAUGGAUCCUAUGCUCCCCAAGGCAUGCCGCAAGAGUGGUGUUGCGCCCAGGGAGAAGAUUUCCAAGAAACAGCUGCAGGACCUUCGCCCUCAGCUGGAGCAGCUGCAUCGUCAGGAGUACGGGCCCAACUACCACGCCUUUUAUGCCUGGUCAUCGGGCUCUUCACACUCAAAAAUCCUUGCUCUAGUAUAUCCGGGAUUCUUAAGGAUCGUCAUUACGUCCUGCAAUAUGAUGGACAUAGACACCGAGCUGGGUGACAACCAUUGGUAUAUACACGACUUGCCCAAGCUCGCCACUCAGCAGCAAAGCCUGUCCACCUUCGAAUCAGACCUACUUGUUCACCUGAAAGCCCUGGGAACACCCAUUGACUUCAUAAGUUCCAUACAGGGGAAGUAUGAUUACUCAACAGUCAAGGUUCAUCUGGUCACGUCUGUCCCUGGAACGUACUCAGGCACCAAAGCCCAGGACUGUGGCCUCCUCCGCCUCCGGCACAUCAUCAGAGGCUUGGACCUGAACCUACCACAAAAGAAGCGCCAGGGGAAGCUGCAGAUUGAAAAGCUCAUCCUCGCAUACGACCCCACAACAUCUUCCUCGCUACCAUACUAUAUCUACAUAGGCUCCGCGAAUCUGUCGUCUUCUGCAUGGGGAGCACUUGAAAAUGACAAGAAGGAGAACAGGGCGACGUGCGAUUUGAAGCUCAUCAAAACCUCCAACUUUGAGUGCGGCGUCGUGAUUCCGGGCAACGUUGUUGAGAGUGUUCUCCAGCCGGGGACAAGCAGCUGGCAGGACGACAUCGUGCCAUACGCCCAAGCUGCGAGCAAAUACGACAUCGGAAAGGACAGGCCUUGGAACGACCCAAGAUGGGUGAAGGAUUUCCGGGACGACUACAAUGUCAAGGGUUUGACCCUGAAGAAGGUGCCCAUAGCGGUGGCGCUGUUAUUCCUGCUCGCGAACUUGCUCGCGCCGGUGGUCGCGUACACGAGCCUCUCCGAUGACAGCCUGCACCGAAUACCCGCUGGCGGCGCCGACUUCGACAUCCACAAUGACGCCGGGCUGCUCGCGCCCAUCCUGAUCCCACGCGUGCCCGACACCCCAGGCUCCGAAAAAGUUCAGCAGCACUUUGCCGACUUCUUCGAGAGCAGCCUGCCGGGCUGGGCCGUCGAAUGGCACAACUCGACGUCCAAGACCCCGGCCACGGGCAACAAGCUCGUGUCGUUCCGCAACCUGAUCCUGCGCCGCGACCCUCCAUGGGCCGCCGUCGGCGACGUCGCGCGGCUGACCCUCGCCGCACACUACGACAGCCUGUACAGACCUGAGGGUUUCAUCGGGGCGACGGACAGCGCUGCGCCGUGCGCCAUGUUGCUGCACGUCGCGCGGAGCGUGGACGAGGCGCUGACGAAGAAGUGGGAGUCCAUGCAAGCUGCCGGGGACACGGAUGGCCUCGAAGAAGAGAAGGGCGUGCAGAUACUUCUGCUGGACGGGGAAGAGGCUUGGGUGCAGUGGACUGAUACGGACAGCACGUACGGUUCCCGCUCGCUUGCCUCACACUGGGACAGCGAAGUCCACCCGGCCGCGUCGGUCUUCAAGCACCCAAUCGACUCGAUCUCUCUCUUCGUGCUGCUUGAUCUGCUUGGCGCGAGUGACCCGCAUGUGCCGUCCUACUUCCCAACGACGCAUUGGGCAUACCAGAACCUAGCUAAGAUUGAGGACCGAAUGCGCCAACUGAAGCUGCUCGCGUCGAAGCCCAAGGGCCAUUUCCUCCCGGACACCAAAAAGGAGCCGUGGCAGUUCUAUCGCGGGUUUGUCCAGGACGACCAUGUGCCAUUCAUGGAUCGGGGAGUAGAGAUUCUGCAUCUGAUCCCGACGCCUUUCCCGGCGUCCUGGCACAAGAUGGAGGAUGACGGCGAGCACCUCGACGGACUUGCUGUGCAGGACUGGGCAAAGCUCAUUACGGCUUUUGUGGCUGAAUGGAUGGACCUCGAAGGCUUCAUGCCACCUCUGAAAGGGGAUCAUGCGGAUGACAGACUUCGCAAGACAGAGCUGUGA